UUUUCAAUGAGGAAAUUGAAGACAUUUUGCAUCUGGAGUACUUCUGAAGACACGAGCCAAAGACAAGCUAAAGCACCGGGCAUGAAGUCAAAGAGCAGGCCCUGCAGUGGGAGGAGUGGAGACUAAAAACAGCAGCAGUAAAGCUCAUCUGUUUGAUCAGGAUGGGCUGCACUUGCAGUGGCGAGAAACAAGUAAAAGAAGAAGGAUUCCGCAAAGGAAAACACAAAUCACACGCCUCCCCGUCAUCAAACCAUAUAGGACGAAGUGGAAACGCCUAUACAAAUAAUGAUGACACUAUAUUUAUUGCACAACACGACUUCAAAGCGACCAACGACAGUGAUCUGCCUUUCAGAAAGGGAGACAAACUUAAAGUAUUGCAAGAAACCGGAGAAUGGUGGCUGGCCCGACUGCUGACGACUGGACAAGAAGGCUUGAUACCAUCGAAUUAUGUAGCCAGAGCAGAUACACUGGAAGUGGAAAAAUGGUUUUUCAAGGAUUUGGGCAGAAGAGAAACCGAGAGGCUACUUUUAGCACCCGGAAAUAAACCAGGGGCCUUUCUAAUUCGAGAGAGUGAGACCUGUAAAGGGUCAUUCUCGCUGUCAGUCAGAGAUUAUGAAGGGGAAAGAGGAGAUGUAGUAAAACAUUACAAAAUCCGUUGUUUGGACAAAGGUGGCUACUACAUCUCCCCUUCCAACACGUUCCCGACCCUACAGGAAUUGGUUCAGUACUAUACCCACACGGCAGAUGGGUUGUGUCAGCGACUGUAUGCUCCCUGUAAGCCUAUGGCCCCUCAGCAGCCAUGGGCCCAUGAUGAAUGGGAGAUUCCUCGAGAGACACUGAAAAUGCUGAAGAAAUUGGGGGCCGGACAGUUUGGGGAAGUGUGGAUGGGUUACUACAAGAACACCCAGAAGGUUGCUAUUAAGACCUUAAAGGAGGGGACAAUGGCGCCUGAGGCCUUCCUUCAGGAGGCCAACCUGAUGAAGCAGUUGAGGCAUGACCGACUGGUACGACUUCAUGCUGUUGUCACUAAAGAGCCCAUUCUUAUUGUCACCGAAUUUAUGGUCAAUGGAUGUCUUCUAGACUUUCUAAAAACAGAUGAAGGGAAAAGGCUAAAGCUAAAUAAGCUGAUCGACAUGUCAGCACAGAUAGCUGAAGGCAUGGCGUACAUUGAGAAGAAGAACUACAUCCACCGUGAUCUGCGUGCAGCUAACAUACUGGUCAGCGAGACGCUGCAUUGCAAGAUAGCAGACUUUGGCCUGGCCAGAAUCAUCGAGUCAGAAUACACGGCUCAAGAAGGUGCUAAGUUUCCCAUUAAAUGGACGGCUCCAGAGGCCAUCAACUUUGGGACGUUCAGCAUCAAAUCGGAUGUCUGGUCCUUUGGGAUCCUCCUGACAGAAAUAGUCACCUAUGGAAGAAUACCAUACCCAGGUAUGACGAACCCAGAGGUGAUCAGGAGUCUAGACAGGUCAUACAGGAUGCCAUGUCCAGACGGCUGUCCAGGGGAACUGUAUGAUAUCAUGAUGGUGUGCUGGAAGCAGAAGCCUGAUGACCGACCGACUUUUGAAUAUCUUCAGAACACUCUCAACGACUUUUUUAUUGCCACGGAAGGACAAUAUGAGAUGCAGCCGUGAUGACAGAAAAAGAAAAAGUUUUUUGUUGUGGACAAUGAAAUCUCUUAAAAAACCAUGACUUGAAUGGAUAAAGGACCACAUAGCUUUCUGAUGAUACUUUUUUUUUUAAAUAGAGUGAUGGAUACGUUUUUCACACCUGCCUUCUAAGUGAAUGUUAAAGAUAUUCAUGGCUUCUUCUGUCUGUAGCGGAUAUCAGUCAGAUAUGCAACGCGGCUUCAUGUCAGCGCCUUUUCUUGAUGGAGUAUAAGGUUGCAUUCUUAGAACUGAUGUAUGAUGCGUGAUAGGACUAUGGAUAUACAAAUACAGUUCACUCAUAUUGUAAAGCAACAUCUGGACCCAGAGACAUCAGCACAGGUAAAGUUGCAGAUUAAACAUUUGCAUGGUACAGAAACUAGAACCCUGAGAUUACAUGCACAAUACUUUGCACUUUUUUUUCUUUUUAAAAAAAAAUUAAGUAAUUCAGCAGAUUUUUUUUUAAGUGCUUAGCAAAGAAAAGUUAUUCUUGCAUUUUUGUCUUUUGUAAAUAAAAAUGAAGAACUCUGGUAUUUCUUGUAUUUAAAUCAAAAAUUUUGAAAUUACAAUGCCGUAAAAGCAUUUCUCAUGUAGGGCUUUAGUGGUGACUAUCACUUUUUACAGUUUGGUGUUUGAGACAAUGAGGAUGUGUCUCAGUUCACCGAUCAUAAGAGAAAAUAGCAGCAUUUUAAAAAAAAAAGAAAAAGAAGUUUGACAUCUUAAGUGUGAAAGUAAAGCUAACACUCUGGAUGAAACAAAAAUAAAAACAACUUUAAAGUACAUCACCUCCCACGUGAAAACAAAUGGCAGCAAUGUGUAGACUGAGUUACUAACUCUAGUUUCAAUCAUGUUAAAAUGAUGAAAGGGGUGACUGACCCGAACAUACCCCCCAUUUUGAACGGCAACCCAUAGGAAGCCUUUAAAAGCAGCUAACUACUAAAUUACAGCAGUCUUCAACUGAGCCUUCCCAGGGGGAGCACAGACAGUUAGUGAUAAGAGACUGGAAUGGCUGUGUUAGCCAAGGGGUGAAACUCUGCCAUUUCCUGAAUGGACAGGAAACAGGAAGUGUGCGUCAGCAUUCCUAAAAUGCCACAAAGCUAGAACAGUCUCGCAUACCAAGUUAGUAGUUGUCUUCACAUUUUUCCUCCUGAAAUACAUCCGUUUGAAAUUUACUUUUUGUUGUUAUUGCUGAUUGAGCGCCUCUGAAUUGUGAGGGAGAGGGAAAUUGUCAUUUAACAUAAUAGUGAUGGUAAAUAAAAACUAAAACAACUUCAAGUAUUCUUAAAAUAUAUAAAAUAUUAUUAUUAAUCUUAUUCAAUAGGAGCACAUGAGAAUAAACAUGCAUUAUAUCUAAAAAUGUCUGCCGUGUCUGUUUAAAAAAAAUAUGGCAGGUGAUUUUAUGUUGAUAUUUGUAAUAUAAAACUGAAUAUGUUUUAAAAUAGCCUGUAAAUCCAGCUGAAAUGUUUUUAAUAUGCCUGACCACUGGACUUUUUCCUUAUAAAUAUAAAUUAAUCUUUAACCUCGCAGAAGACCCAAAGACGUUUCAACAUUUUUAAUCUCUCAUAUGAUCCAUGAAUUCUGUUCCAUGCAUACUAAUAUCAGAUAUGGUAGGUGCUAUGUCAGCAUCAGCGACAGUGUAUCAGUGUUUUGGAUUUUCUUGCUGUUGUUUUUUUUUAAUGAUUGCAAGCAUGAAUGUGCUAGUAGUAGUUUAAUUUCAUUUCAUACUGGUUAAUACCAGCAGUGUCUUGGAAAUCAAUUAUAUUUAUUCUCUGUAAUUAGAUUACUCUUUUCACCUUGUGGACAAUGCAAAUCAAAUAUGAAAAUGCAAAUACAUGUGUAUUUUUAAAAAAUUAA